UGUGGGCUGCCCAGCUGGAAAUGGCGCUUCUGUCGUACACUUGGAAGCAGUUGGAGCUGUACCUGAAAUGGGCCUUGGGCAAGAACAACACCACGGUGGCGGAGAGCCCUGCGAACGAGCCCUAUCCGGGCAUAUUUGUGGAGGAUCUCAGCCAGUUGAAUCGCCUCAAGCGGAAUGCCUUUAUGUGCGUCGUGGGCUCCCUCUUUCUGAUGGCACUCUUUGGCAAUCUGAGCACCAUUUAUGUGAACACUCGAAGGAAGCUGCGUCCGUUCUUUCGUGCCUGUCUGCUCUCGCUGGCCUUCUCCGAUCUCGUUUCGAGUGUGUUCUGCAGCGUCUCGUACAUGGCGCAAUUCCAUGCGGAAUAUCUGCAGUUGUGGACCAUUGGCGGCUUUAUGUGCAAGUUUGUGCCCUUUGUGACCACCACAUCUUUGCUCUCUGGCAGCCUGACACUCGUGGCUAUUGUGUCGGAUCGCUACCUGGCCGUGAUGCGGCCAGUGCUGGGCUUCUGGAAUCCUGACAUUCGCUUCAGCUGUCUUAUCGUUGGCCUCAUCUGGCUGUGCUCCAUUGGCGCCUCUGCGCCACUGAUUGGCAUCUACAAGCACCAGAAGAUCUAUCUGCUGGAGAUGGAGCUGAAGCUGCAGACAACCGACGAAGGGGAGACCGAUGAGAGCCUGGAGGUAACCGAAUUGGAGCUGGUCAGCAUGUGCCUGGCGGGCAACCACAAUGAAGGCCUCAUCUACGUCAUAUUGUUCGCCCUAAUCUUCCUGCCCUGCAUCGUGAGCUUCCUCUGGCUGAACGCGGUGAUUGCGCGGCAGCUGUGGGUGCUGCGCCACUACCAUCAGCAGCAGCAGGACACGCAACAGGAUCAGGCGGGACAAUUCAAGUCACUGCCCGCCAGCAAUGGGGAUCUUCUGAUGCCCUCGACACUGGCCAGUGCAAUGGGUGUGGCCCUGCCGUUUGUCAUCGACAAGCCGCCUCUGCCCUCAGUGCCCUCCAGCCCGCAAGCGGCAAGGAGCAACACGAAUGAGGCGCCACCACCGAGUGGCAUGGGUCCAGCUGCACAGGCUCGCGAGGCACGCCAUCGACGCAUGGUUGUCGUCGUGAUCCUCAUGAUGGCCGUCUUCAUCUGCCUGCGCCUGCCCGCCUGGAUCUUCCUGAUCAUGCGCCUGUACGGCUCCUACUCGGAUCCCGUCGACUGGCUGCUGUACUUCAGUUUUGGCAUCAUGAAUCUGCUCAGCUGCGCCCUGAACCCGCUCUUCUACACCUUCCUCACGCAGACCAUUCGCACCGUUUCCCUGCUGAAGCAGAAGACCAGGGACAUCCUUUGCUGCCGCCGGUCGGGUCGCGGCCAGGACGUAGCCAUGCCCACGGAACCCUCGGAGCCAGCCAAGCCGUUCAGCCUGGGCUGCUGUUGCUGCUGUUGCUGUGGUCUGCCACAGCUGACCAUCACCUGGCGCUGCCAGCCCGCGCGCAAUCCGCCAAAGACCAGCGCAGUGCAGGAAGUGGAGCCAUCUGCCCAGCGUGCAGUUGAGUUGGAGGCCGAUCCGAGCAGCCUGCAACGUUUCUUCAGCUUCAAGCAUGACGUGUUCACCGUCUACAAUCGGCGCGACGAUUCCCAGAGUGCGUCAAUCGAGUCCUCCGCCUGAUAGGCCAGCGUCAUAAAUCACUCGAGUGCAUUGACACAGG